AUGAUGGAGGCCAGUCGAGGUGCCGGCCUGGGGGUCAGCAUGCCCGCAAGGGUGCACUCCCCGUGGCCGCGCAACUACCAGCAGCCGACGCGCGCGACGACGCCGAUGCCCGGCUACGUCAACAGCAGUUCCAACUUUACCACCACGCUCACCGGCUCCAGCAGCAGCCACACGCGGCGGCUUUCCCUAGGGACGUGGUCGACGCACAAGAGCAUCAAGUACGGAAGAGGCAAGUACGCCGACGUCGAGCUCAUGCCUCAACCGAGCGACGAUUCUGACGAUCCUUUGAACUGGCCCCGAUGGAGAAAGGACCUCAACCUCGCUGCUCUGCUCUCCGUGGUCGGCCUCGUCGGCGCCAUGAAGACCGUCUUCCUCACCACCAACGCCAUGGCCGCCGAGCACUACCGCACAUCCUACGUGGCCGUCGCCGCCCUCACCGGCGUGCCCCUCGUGCUCUCCUCCGCGACCGGCGCGACCGCCUGCGUCGUCGCCCGCAUCUGGGGCCGGCGCCCCGUCUACCUGCUCGCCACCACGCUGCUCUUUGUCGGAUCGAUAUGGAACGCGACGGCCGGCGACAGCUUCGGCUCCUGCAUGGGCGCGCGCGCCGUGCAGGGGCUCGGAUGGGGCGUCUUUGACACGCUGGUCAUGACGUCCAUACAGGACACCUACUUUGAGCACCAGCGCAACCUUCGCGUGACGCUCUACAACAUCCUCAACAUUGCCGCCACAUGGGGCUCGCCUCUCGCCGGCGGCGCCGUCGCCUCGGCGCACACGACCAACAUGGUGUACCAGUUCCGCGUCAUCAGCGGGCUCUUCCUGCUCGCCAUCCCGCUUGUGUGCCUCGCGGCGCCCGAGACGGCCUUUGACCGCUCGCAGGCGGCCGCCGCCCCAACGCCCGUCUCGGGCUUCACGCUCUCGCGCCGCUGGCAGCCGUGGCGCGUCAAGCACCGCCUCACCCGGUCGCGCAUCCUGGGCUACCUCCACGACAUGCGGCCCGUCUCCUUCCGCGGGCACGUCACCCGCAACAUCCUGCUGCAGGUCCCGCGCGCCCUCGUCGCGCCCACCACCGCCCUCGUCUUCCUACUCAGCUGCAUCCCCGUCUCCGCGCUCUGGGGCCUCUCCGCCUCGCUGUCUCUCCUGCUCGAGCCCAAGCCCGUGGGGGCAUCGCCGGCCGCGCUCGGCUCCAUCAUGACGGGGCCCUGGGUCGUCCCGACGGUCAUUGUCGGCUCACUCGCGCUGUACCGCGGCGUGCAUCUGCAGUUCACCCAGCUCGCCAACUGCCUCGUCGUGUGCGGCGGGUCGUCGCUCGCGCUCAUCGGCAUCUUCUCCUUUGGUCUCGGCGUCAACAACUUCAUGGCCGGCCCCCCUGCAUCAUCACACUCCUCAUCCUCCCCCUCCUCGCUCUUCUCCGCUGACGGCGCCAGCCAGCUGAGCUUCGCCCUCAUUUCGUUUCAGCUCGCCAUCCUCGCAGCGGGCACCGCCGUCCUCGACGCGGCUACCCGCCCGAGUCUUGCCCGCUCCGCCUCCUUCACCUCCUCCAACAUGACCAUUGCGCUCCGCAGCAUCGGCGACAUGCAUACCGGCGUCAUUGUUCUCCGCAACCUCGCCGCAGGCAUCUUCGCCAUGGCCAUCCCCGUCGCUGUCGCGCACCCGGGUGGUCUGAAGGCUGUCGCCCUCGGCCUAGGCAUCACCCAAAUCUUCAUCUCUGGCGUCAUUGUCGCGCUGCGCUGCUACUUUGAUGAGUCCAUCUGGCGUGCCGACGGCAAAGUCAUGGGCUUGGUUGACCUGAGCAGCUUGAAGCUCUCAGUCAGCUUUUUUGACACCGACUAA